UGCGCGGCGGCGGCUGCUGUAGUAGCAGAGCCCAGCGCCGGCUGAGAGGUGCUGGCGGGAGCCCGGCGACGUCCCCGCACCGAGCCCCUCCUGCGCCCGAGCGAGCGGCGCCCGGGAAGGAUGCGCCGCUGGCCGCUGCUCCUGUGGGGGCUGCUGCUCCCCGCCGCCGCCGCCGCCGCCGCCGCCGGCCGCUACCCGCACAGCGCCGUGCUGGACGGGGCGGCCGGAUACCGGCUGCUGUGGGGCCAGCAGGGCAGCAGCAUCUCCUUCCGCCUGGAGGUGCGCACCCAGGGCUACGUGGGCUUCGGGCUCUCCCCCACCGGGGCCAUGGCGUCCGCCGACAUCGUGGUGGGAGGCGUGGCCAGGGGCAAGCCCUAUCUGCAGGAUUAUUUUACAGAUGCAAAGAGAGCCUUGAAGAAAGAUUCUCAACAGGAUUACCAUCUUGAGUAUGCUAUGGAAAAUAGUACACAUACAAUAUUGGCUUUUAGCAGAGAGCUGCACACUUGUGACACAAAUGAUAAGAGUAUAACGGAGAGCACAGUAAGGGUGAUAUGGGCCUAUCACCACAAAGACAUAGGAGAAGCAGGCCAAAAUUAUCAUGGAUCAAAUCGCGGCUCAAAGAGUCUACGUUUACUGAACCCUGAGAAAAUGAAUGUUAUAUCUCCCUCUUUGCCAUACUUUGACUUGACAAACCAAGACGUGCUUAUACCGGACAAAGAUACAACAUAUUGGUGCCAAAUGUUUAAGAUACCUAUACAUCAUGAAAAGCAUCAUGUGAUAAAGGUCGAACCGUUGAUACAGAAGGGCCAUGGGAAUCUGGUGCACCAUAUCCUACUUUAUCAGUGUAGCAGCAGUUUGAAUGACAAUGUAUUGGACUACGGCCAUGAAUGCUACCACCCCAACAUGCCAGAUUCUUUUCUCACUUGUGAGACAGUCAUUUUUGCUUGGGCCAUUGGAGGAGAGGCCUUUACAUAUCCUCCUCAUGUUGGUUUAUCCAUUGGCACAUCAACAGACCCUCAGUAUGUGCUUAUGGAAGUCCAUUAUGACAAUCCAUCAUAUCUAGAAGGUUUGAUAGAUAACUCUGGACUGAGGCUAUUUUAUACUACAGAUUUACGGAAAUAUGAUGCUGGCGUUAUUGAAGCUGGUCUUUGGGUUAGUCUCUUCCACAGUAUCCCACCAGGCAUGCCUGAAUUCACGUCAGAAGGUCACUGCACUCUGGAAUGUCUGGAAGAAGCCUUGGAUGCUGAGAGGCCAAGUGGGAUUCAUGUGUUUGCUGUUCUUCUCCAUGCCCAUCUUGCUGGCAGAGCCAUCAGGAUGCGUCACUUUCGCAAGGGUGAAGAACAGAAGCUGCUUGCUUAUGAUGAUGAGUUUGACUUCAAUUUUCAGGAGUUUCAGUAUCUAAAGGAAGAAAGAACUAUCUUGCCUGGGGAUAAUUUAAUCACGGAAUGUCGCUACAGCACUAUAGAUCGAAUACGUAUGACAUGGGGGGGUCUGAGCACCAGAAAUGAAAUGUGCCUGUCUUACCUACUGUACUACCCGAGAAUCAAUCUUACCCGAUGUGCAAGUAUUCCAGACAUAAUGGAGCAACUCCAGUUUAUUGGAGUGAAGGAAAUAUAUAGACCAGUCAGGACAUGGCCUUUCAUUAUCAAGAGUCCAAAGCAAUAUAAAAAUCUCUCUUUCAUGGAUGCGAUGAACAAGUUUAAAUGGUCCAGAUCAGCAGGUCUCUCCUACAAUGAGCUUGUUCUUAGACUGCCAGUGAAUGUGAGAUUCAAGACUGACAAUGCAGAAUGGUCGAUCCAAGGCAUGACAGCUAUACCUCCUGAAAUUGAGAGACCAUACAGGACAGAGCCAAUAAUAUGUAUCUCAUCUUCCUAUUUACAUUGCAAUCUAUUCCUUAACCUGUUGUUCAGUGCAUGUGUCACAGUCAGUACCCUUAGGAACAGUUGGCCCUUUGUAUAAUAAUUUAAUUAUUUUCAUGUAUGUUCUGUAUGCCAUGCAACUUCAGAUAUGUUUGCACUGUUGCUAUUGUAGAUCUAUUUUUUUACAUAUUAAUAAACCAAAUUUACUAGUUCAAAAUAAAACGUUUACUUCUUCUGAAAACUCUGUUUAUUUUGUUUUUUAAUGUACAUUAUGUGUAAAGAACAGUAGGUACACUGCUACGUCACAUUAUCAAAAUUGUUUCCCCUACAGUUUUGUUACAGCUUAUCCUGGCUUUUCACACAGUGUUUCUAGAAACAGCUCUGUAUCCAGAUAAAAUUAAUAAACUAAAAUUUAAGUAGUUCA